UGGUUGCGCCGUGGCCCCUGCUCGGGGAGGUGAGGGCUGUCCGGUGCUGAGGGGGGAGAUGAGCUCAGCGCGCGCCGGGGGGCAGGUAACGUCAGCAGUCGGCCGGAGCAUACACACCCACCAAGCGUUCCUCUCCGCUCAAUCACUGGCACACACACACACACACACACACAGGAUGGGCAGAUAAUCAACCCCCGUGUGAAUCAACACCGCAUCCUUUCUUUUUUGGAAUUUUGAAAUUCCGAUUCACGAGCAUCAUCCCGCGACCUCCCGCUCGGCUUGACAUGGGAUGAUAUGGGAUUUUUCAUGUCGACGAAGAUCGGAGGGAUUCUUGCGUUCGCGCUGGUGGCCCUGUCCCUCCCGGCGUCAGGAGACUCAGCAGAUGUGAAUUGUGAGAAGAUUUACCAGGACUUCUCAGAUUGUGUCCUGGAGCUUGGAGAGAGCAUGGACAACUAUCAGGAGAAUGUGACCAGUGAGAGUGGAGUGGCGGCCGUGUGCAGCCACUGGGAAGCUUUCCACACAUGUGCCCUCACAGCGCUGUCCGACUGUGAGAAGGAAGUCAGCUCCAUCUGGGAGACUCUGAGGCAGGACUCCAGGAAGAUGCUCUUCCAGGGAAGUCUGUUCGACCUGUGUAGCCCCAGCUCUGCUCCCAGCAUAUGUUCACAUUUUGCUGCCCUUACUCUGCCGCUGAUGUUGAUGUUGAUCAUGACUGGGCCCAACUAGUCCACUGUAUAGAUGGGGCGGGGGUGAGGGUGAGGAGAUGGGAGAGGAAAGGGGGGCCUCACAUUACCCGGGUUCAAACUUGAAGCCAAGGAUUUAAAAGAGACAAAUGUUUCAACAAGGAUUAUUUUGAGCCACGGAUGCCUGUGGCGAGCCAAUCAAUAUUUGCUGUGAUGAAUAAUGUUUGAAAUCCUCUCAAAUACUUCAGCCUGAUCUGUCCCUUGUGUCUAACAACUGGGUGAAGAAAAUUUGAUUUCUGCCAACUUAUGAGUCGAGGCAGACUAAAGCAAACACCGAGUACUGUAGGGAUUUCAGAUAGGACACCUGUGGCUCUGAGUUACCACAAUACAAGGGGCGGACACAGUAUCGUGAAUACCUGUAUCACCUAACACAUAACAGUAAUGCAAUCAAAACUACGUUUGUGAAGAUUAUAAUGUUGGCCUAGUAUUUGUCGAGUACUGGUUUUCAUUAUGUCACAGUAAUGUUAUUGUGUCCACUUCCUGUACCAUGUAUGGUUCCAUCAUGAUAAUUGAAGACAUAGUUCAGCAUUUUAGAAGAAAAAAGCAAAGCUAACAUCCCCUGGCUGUUUUAUAUUUAGGGUACAGACGUGAGAGAUUUAUUGAUUGUCAUGUCUAAUUCACUGCAAGAACAAUAUAAGAUAUUUCACAACAUUCCUUUGAUCUAGCUAGAGAAUAUGCUAAUUUGUAAAGACAGCCAAAAACACCAAAAAGUAACAGCAAUGUCUUAGCAAAUCUUAGAAAACUAUAUUAAUUUGUUAGUGAUACGACCAAACCAUACAUCAUUUUGACAGAGAGCUAAUGACACCAAAGGUAAAAAAAAAAAUAGCAAUGUUUAAAUAGGCUAAAUGGUGAAAUGUCCCUUGAAAUUGUUUAAAACUUAGGCUGUAUAUAAGGAUGGAUGACAGGUCUCCAAGUGGCAACUCACCACGGCAUCAUCCAUUGGCUUGUAAAAGGGCAUUUUGAAGCCUUGAGUUUGGCCAUUUUUGGUCAGCGCCAUCUUGAAUUUUUAAAAUCAGAAGUAUCCAUAUUUGGAGGAGCAGGGGGUGGGUCUGACUUGUCCACUGCACGUCCACCUGCAACCUGCACCUAUUGGACGUACGAGGCAACAACGCAGUAUCCUCGCCCCAAUGCAUAACGUGCUAAUUUGCAAAAUGAUCAUCAUUCUGUAUUGAAGAAGACUUGAAACUAGAGAUUGAGACCAUAGACUUCUCAGGAAAAUGUUUACUAACAUUAUAAAUCAAGUGAGAAGUAGAGUCAUUUUCUCAUAGACAACCAGUAGAGCCACCCUCUUCUGGUCAUUUAAAGGGGCAGUAAGCGACACUAAUGCAAUACACGUUUUGUAAAAAACGUCCGAUAGCUGUCGCUUUUGUGUUUGUCCCGAAGAGAAAUCCGGGUUAUCAGCUCAGCCCAGCUCUGUAAAUGAAUCAUGAGCCAAUCAUGACAUUCCAAUCCGUCUUUAUAGCAUCAAAUAACUAGUUAAAACCAUAUUUACUGGACGAAUUGUCCAAAAUAUGACAUUACAUGUACGAGUCGGGGUUUAUGACCUAUACUGCAGCCCGCCACCAGGGGGUGAUCAGGGAGCUGUCAUGUCAUCCUUCUUUAUACACAGUCAAUAGUUUCAAAUCGUAAUGCACAUUAAUAUAAGUGACAAUCAAGCCACUUGUAUUAAACCUUUGACCCUUUCUCCCCUACAAUAUUUCAGCCCACUGGGGCUGAUGUUGCACGGCUGCUUUAAAGACACCAAAAACAGACAUCUGACACCUGGCAUCACACAUUCACUCCUCCAGCUCCUCUCUCGCCCUCUCAGAGCCUCGCUCCACACCUCGCUCAUGAAACUCCUGACCUAUUGAUGUUUAUUAAAAGAAAAUAUGGAAUGGAAAUGGUUUAUCCCCCCCCACCCCCCACCCCCACACACACACAAAUUUCAGUUAAAUCUUGUGAGACUGUUCUCCUGUAGUAAACAGAAUAUAACCAGAGCUUUACCUCAGAUUCCUUCAAGUACGGCAAAAAAACUGGAUGUUAUGCAUGCAGAUAGGAGCCACCCCUGUGUUGUCUAUCACAUAGAUUAGAAGAUUCUGUUUAAUUCAGCAAAUUCCGAAAUUAUCAUAUUUUAAAACUCAUACACAGUACUAAAUUUGCACAUAUAAUGAAUCUCUAAUGAAGUCAAGUUAAAUGCAGCAGCAAGAUAACAGCUGUCAGUGUUUUUGUUGUUUUUCAAAAACAUCCAUACAGUUGCUUUGGUAUCAAUACUACAAAUUUAGGAUAUACCAAUUAAUGCAUUGCAUAAUUACGCUAUCAAUAUGGAUUCCAUACUGUGCUGCUUCAUUUAUCUGUUUCAUGAUUUUAAUUGGUUUGAUUUAGAGAAGCUUGAGCUUUGAUUUUCAAACAAACCCCAAACUGAAAAGCAGCAAACCGAACAAAAAGUGCAGUGAAUCUCAUCAAAAGAAAUAAGCUUAUUGGUGAUGAGAGGUUUGUAGAAAUAUAAUUGGCAUAUUUCCCACUGAUUUGACUCCUCUAUCAAAUAAACUCUGGAUAUAUCAUUAGUCGUGAUCGUCGGUAUGAAAUUAGUAUUGAGGUUUUUUUUUUCCAAAACUUGCACAUUUAUUUUGUGAUGGUCUUAAUAGGCAUCAUCAAAAUAUAAAUCAUUUCUGUGGUCCAGGAUAUUUUCCAUCAUAUAAUUUGAUCACAAAUGCAUGACAAUGUUUGUGGCAGUUCUUUACUUGGACAGUGUAGUGGUAUUGAUCUGUGCAUGAAGAUAUGCUAGCUCCUGAGUGUUUCAGCAUCCUCUCUUAUGCAGAUUCAUUAGCCACCCAACCCCACGACCAUUACAUUAGCAUGUAUGUUCUAAUUGUUUUUUAUUUAUCCCAUGUUUCAUAUGUGGUAGCAUUAUGUCAUCCAUUGUGUAUCUGGUGGUGAGAGUACAAAACCAGUUGUUCCUCCGAGCAUGAGCAAUAUGUACGGUCACUUGUUAAAAGAGGAAUCUCUUUAUAUGCUGUUGAAGAAAGCAUGAAAAUGACUGUGUUAUCAUGAGCAUUGUACCAUAAAAAUUAACCCUAAAAUCAGUUUACACAUGGAAAGAACUCCUGAAUGUAAAAUCAAGUCAGUAUCCAUGUGAUGUUAUUCUGUUAACGGAUAGAAAAGCACACUAUUUACAAGACUGUAUAAAGCAAUAUAUGGAAAAAGUGAUCUUUGUAAUAAUAAAGCACCAUGUUUAAAAUA